AGAGAGAGAGAGAGAGAGAGAGAGAGAGAGAGAGAGAGAAAGAGAGAGAGAGGGGAAAGCGGGAUUCUCGUACGGACUCGUACCACCGCCGUUGAAAGCUCGCCAAGGAUAAGCACGCGACGUCUCCCGCAAGAAUGUCCGCCGCCGACAAGGUCGCUCCGCCGCCUCUUCCCCCGGCGGAGCUCUGUACGGGCGUCCAUGGUCUCCCCAAAGUCCUCCUCCGCGAGUCUCGCGGGAGCUCCGCUGAGGUUUAUCUUUACGGAGGCCAAGUGACAUCUUGGAAGAACGAUCAUGGGGAGGAGUUGCUUUUUGUUAGUAGCAAGGCUAUAUUCAAGCCUCCCAAGGCAAUUCGUGGAGGGAUACCGAUAUGCUUUCCUCAGUUCGCGAACCAUGGUUCUCUAGAGCAACAUGGAUUUGCGAGGAACAGAUUCUGGAAAAUUGAUAAUGACCCGGCUCCUCUUCCUACUAAUUCCACUAGUAAGGCUUAUGUGGAUCUGAUCUUCAAGCCAUCAGAUGAAGACCUUAAGAUCUGGCCUCACAGUUUCGAGUUCCGUCUGAGAGUAGCCUUGGGGCCUGGUGGAGAUCUGAUGUUGACAUCUCGCAUCAGGAAUACUGAUGCAAAACCUUUCACAUUCACCUUUGCCUACCACACCUAUUUCUCUGUUUCUGAUAUAAGUGAAGUUCGAGUAGAAGGGUUGGAGACUCUUGAUUAUUUGGACAACUUGCAGAAUAAGGAGCGUUUUACUGAGCAAGGGGAUGCACUAACAUUUGAAUCAGAAGUGGACAAGGUAUAUCUCAGCACUCCUACAAAGAUUGCCAUUCUUGAUCACGAAAAGAAGAGAACAUUCGUGAUACGGAAAGAUGGACUACCAGAUGCUGUGGUUUGGAAUCCCUGGGAUAAGAAGGCAAAGGCCAUGGCCGACUUUGGUGAUGAUGAAUAUAAGCAUAUGCUCUGCGUCGAGCCUGCUUCCAUUGAAAAACCUAUCACACUGAAACCAGGCGAGGAGUGGAGAGGGAGGCAGGAGCUUUCUGCUGUUCCUUCUAGUUAUUGUAGUGGUCAACUGGACCCCCGGAAAGUUCUUCAGGGUUGCUGAAUAACUCUCCUCACAAUCUAUACUGUGUACAGGUUUUGUUGCAAUUUCGGAUGGAUCGACAGUGAAUCCUGGCCAUCAUUUUUUUGCCCCUCCCCUUGAAUUUUUUCUGCAUUGGGUGGAAGAAUGGAUUCAUGAGUACAUCGACUCCUCUAAUGAUGCCACUUUUGAUGAGGAGAUCCAAAAUAUGUCAUAAAACUUUUGAGUAAUGAUACAGAUAUAGCCAGCCAGAAUUAAACUAUGGUUGUGGAUGGGUUGAUUUGCCGUCUGAGAUUGAUGCUGUAUUGCACCUCUAGAUUGGAAAUGGUUCUGCUAAGUAGCAAAUCUUACUCGAACAUGUGAUGGUAGUGAAAAUCCUUUUAGUAUGAUA